CGAGAAUGAGAAUGGCAUCAAAAGAAUCUUUUUUUUGGUGAAUUCGCGUUUAUUAAAGCAUUGACGACAUUAUCUAGCCAAAAUUUUCGAAUUUCAGGUGUUUAGAUCCUUCGAUGCGGAAAACGUCAGACACGGAGUUCUACAGUCUUUCACUAAGUUCAAUAGCCCCUCCCCCGUACUCGCCUCGCCCUCAACUAGACGAGGUAGCGAGAAACAAUCUCAUCAAUCUGAGCGACUCCUAUGAAAAGAAAUCUCAAAAGGAACCUAAGCCACUGAUUAAACGAUUGAAGACGAACUUUAUCUCAGCCACAUCAACCACAUUUAGUCGAGAAUCUCACUCAUUUCGCUCUUAUUUUCGGCGAGCUCAUAGGUAUCUUACGCGUCUUGUAGUCAACUGGUGGCUUUUAGAGCUUAUCAGCUGGGGUAUUUCGGCACUGAGCAUUGCGGCUAUAUCAUUCCUUCUGGGUUAUUACGACGGCCGUGCCGUGCCCGACCAGUGGCCACUCGGGAUCACCCUCAAUACCUAUAUUUCAGUACUAAGUGGAAUCUCGAAAUAUGCAUUGGCAUUGCCUAUUGAUGAGGCAAUCGGACAGCUAAAAUGGCACUGGUUUGCGCGGCGUCCACGACCUUUACUGGAUUUUGAGCGAUUUGACGAUGCAACAAGAGGGCCGUACGGUGCAUUCGCGCUGUUUCUACACACCAAAGGAAGGUCCCUAGCCUCUUUGGGUGCAAUCAUAACCGUUUUAUCGCUUGCUGCUGAUCCAUUCUUCCAGCAGCUGAUCAGUUUACCUAAAAGACCUAGUGCAUACGGCCAUAGCACUGUGCCAAUAAUGGUCGAUUUCAAAUUAAUGGAUGCAAGCUUCCAGAAUGGAACCGAUAGUACGGAGUUUGGAGGCCCUGAUCGCUUGCUUCAAGACGUCGCUUUGUCCUUCAUGUUUGACAAUGGCACAGAGAGGCCAUUAUCUGCGUUCUGUCCCACUGAAGAGUGCACAUGGAGACCAUUCGACACGUUAGCGGUGUGUUCAGCAUGUGCUAACGUAAGCUCAAUGCUCACAUUUGCGUGUAUUGAAGAGACGGGGGAAUGGAGAAGCAACGACACCACUAUCACAAUCGACCAGACCAAUGUCACUAAGACCACGUCAUGUGGGUAUUUUCUCAAUGCAACGACUGCGAAUCCAAUUCUUAUGUCUGGCUAUGCGCUUGAUGAGUCUUCAGUCGAUGGAAUCGGUGAGAUUUUGUUAAUGAGAAACUUGAACCUUCAUGACGUCAACAUUGAUACCACAUAUUGGGGCGGAUCGAUCAAUUUUGCGACUCAUGGUUUUCCGAUCGUUGACUAUAUUCAGGUCACUGGCGAGAAUGCUGAGUCUGUCUUGCGAAAUCAGACACCAGUUGCACGCGAAUGUGCCGUUCAUUGGUGCACAAAGCACAUUAUAGGCUCAUACAAGAACGGGAACUACUCAGAAGAAGUCCUCUCCGAGAGUUAUGACUCCUCUGUCCCUUUUGACCCUCUUUAUUGGGGAUCAAACAUGGACUUCUACUAUUUCAAAAACAUCACCAUCCAGCCAGAGGAUUCCUCGACAACGUUCAAGGUUCCGAACUACACCGCAUUAACUACUAUUUUCUUGUUCCAAGAAUAUAUGCCGGCUUAUCUCACCGCCGAGAAUACUACUUCAACUCCCUUUCUGCGAAUUAACAAUUGGGUCGGAGAACAACCGGAAUUCCACAAGUACAAUUUCAAUCCAUUCGCGCCUCCUAACGAUGGAGCUGAAUACUUGAAACGAUUAACGGACACCAUGACCAAUGUCAUCAGGACGUAUCCUGAAAGUUCAGAAACUUUUGCAGGAAGUGGAAGCGUGGAAACGUACAUUCAUGUUCGAUGGGGGUUUAUAGCUUUUCCUAUGGUCCUAAUUAAUCUGACUCUGGUCUUUCUAGUCGCUGUCAUCAUGGAGCAUCGAAGGCACAAGGAAGUUGGGAUCUGGAAGACGUCUAUAAUUGCAGCCAUGACAAGUGGUUUGGACGAACGCGCAAGAGACUCGUUUAAAUCAACGAAAGAUUUGUAUGACGUUUUUGAAAGGUCAGUCAGAGUUAAGGUUGGCCUGUAUUCGGAUAGAAGCAGCAGGAGAUAUCUUCAGGUUGUACGCGAGACCGAGAAUGGAUAAGGGUAUUACUUUUCGCGCAGAAUGAAAAUAAGUC